UCCGCAUCAACCGGGUUUGUCUUACGGCCAGUCACCGCGGCAUCGUCACGUCACCAAAACUUUCUACCGUUAUAAUUUAACUUGUUUUUAGUGUGUUCUGUGUGUGUUUUAUGUGGAUGUGGUGAGGUUUUGUGUAAAAUGCGGAGCGCCGGCGAGGCGUUCUGUCUCCUGUUGCUGGUAGCAGGGAUCGCUGCCCAAAUUGACACCAGACAUUUAUCAGGAGAUACGUUAUGUCCAAAUGGCAUGUUCCGUUGCCCAGAAGGCAAAUGCAUCCCGGAACUGUGGGUGUGUAAUUAUCAGAAAGACUGCGAGAAGGGAGAGGAUGAAUUUCAGUCGUGUCCGCCCCCAGAAUGCGAGCCCGGUCAGCUGGCAUGCUCGCAAUACAUGUUUAACAAGACGUACUGCAUCCCGCCACACUACCGGUGCGACAUGAUCGUUGACUGCCUUGACGGCACGGACGAAGCUGAAUGCGUAUAUCGCAACUGCCAGCCAGAUGACUUCCAGUGCGGGGUGGAGGGAGCCAGCUCGGCCAAGUCAGCCCAGGGGCCCUGUAUACCGAAACAGAAGAGAUGUGACGGUUAUCUGGACUGCAGAACGGGUAAAGACGAGCAAGACUGCCCAGGGGAAGUGUCGCCGUGUCGACUGGACCAGUUCCGAUGUGCGACCGGCAACCGCUGCGUAGACGCAUCGGCCAAGUGCGAUCAUAAGAACGACUGCGGUGACAACUCCGAUGAACAGAAUUGCAACUUCCCUCCAUGCCACAUCGCCACACAAUUCCGCUGCAGCAACUCACUCUGCAUACCUCUGACAUACCACUGUGAUGGUUACAAGGACUGCUCGGACGGCACCGAUGAAGCCAACUGCACGGCUAUAGCCUGCCCCGACAACAAGUACUUGUGUCCCAAGGGGGGUCCCGGGGGAGCCCAUAAGUGCAUUUCGAGGUCACAGCUGUGCGAUGGCAAGAAGGAUUGUGAGGAUAACGCUGAUGAGGAGACCGCUUGCUCAACAACAACAUGCCCAGCUCUAGAAUGCGAAUACAAAUGCGUUGCUUCCCCAUCGGGCGGCGCGUGCGCAUGUCCUGCCGGUUUAACACUAUCUUCUGACAACCGUACGUGCGUUGACCGCGACGAGUGCAAAGAGUGGGGUUAUUGCCAUCAGCUGUGUGUCAACACUCCAGGAUCGUAUAAAUGCGCGUGCGCACCCGGUUAUUCUUUGGUCGGAGGUCAGAAAUGUGCCGCGAGCGCAUCGGCAGCCCCUGCUUUGGCAUUGGCUCAUGAAAAAGCGGUGUUGAGGAUGGAUUUGCACGGAAGAGCAGUCACGCCUUUAGCUAAUGCAACAUCUGCGGCUGGAUUGGAUUACCAUUACAAGAGGAAUUUGCUGUUCUGGUCUGAUCUGAAAACUAGAAAGAUCCACUCACAACAGCUUACUGUACCGGCCGGGGUGUCAAGUUACGGUGGUCACGACAUCUCAGUCGCCGGCUCCUGGGCCCCCGUAGCCCUGGCCGUGGACUGGGUUGGAGAUAAGCUGUACGUAGCUGAUGCUGUGGGGCAGAAGAUUGAUGUAUUCGAACUGGACGGAAGGUGGCACGCGGUCGUUCUGGGCUCGAACCUGACGAACCCUGCUGAUAUUGCACUAGACCCCACGCUCGGAUUCAUGUUUGUUGCUGAUAGCAGUCAGAUAAUUCGCGCUAACAUGGACGGAACCCACACGAAGUCGAUAGUGUCGGAGGCAGCGUACAAGGCGUCGGGUAUAGCAGUCGACAUCAUAGCUCGAAGGGUGUUCUGGUGUGACUCCUUGUUGGAUUACAUUGAGACAGUGGACUAUGAUGGAAACCAUCGGUUCUUGGUCCUGAGGGGGCAGCAGGUUCCAAGUCCUUCCAGACUGGCCCUCUUCGAAGACAGGGUUUACUGGUCUGACAGCACUAAGCAAGGGAUCAGCUCAGUCAGCAAAUACGAAGGCUCUUUGAGCAUCCAAGCGAUCUACAAGAUGAAGGACAUCAGAGAUCCUAAAGCUAUCACUGUGAUACACUCCUUGAAGCAAACGUCGGUUAAUAACCCUUGUGGAAGCAAUAAUGGUGGCUGUGCCCAAAUGUGUAUAGUUACAGCUUUACCCAACGGCGGACUUGGCUACAGAUGUGCUUGCAACGUCGGGUACAAACUAGAAACUGACUUGAGAAACUGUAUUUUAGUUAACGAGUUCCUAAUGUAUUCUCAGCAAAGAUUCAUCAAGGGAAAAGUGCUGAAUCCAGUCAUUGAGGGGUUCAGCGAAGCCAUAUUACCUGUAGUAUCUAGAAGAGCUAGGUUCGUAGGAUUAGAUUUUGACGCAAGAGAUGAACAUAUUUAUUAUUCUGAUGUUUUGCAAGAUGUUAUAUAUAGGGUACAUAGAAAUGGGUCUACAAGGGAGAUAGUUUUAGCGUCGCAGAAUGAAGGAGUCGAAGGUCUGGCUGUUGACUGGGCUUCUAAGAAUUUAUAUUAUAUUGACUCGAGGAAAGGAACUCUCAAUGUUCUAUCAACAAGAAACGUUUCUUACAGAAGAACUCUUCUAAAAGACCUGAAAAGACCGAGAGCUAUCGUCGUGCAUCCCAACAAAGGUUAUAUAUUUUUCUCCGAAUGGGACCGACCCGCGAAUAUAAGUAGAGUUAAUACUGAUGGCACUGGUCUUUUGGUCUUCGAAAAUGUAACUCUUGGAUGGCCAAACGGUUUAUCCAUAGAUUUUAAUUCGGAUAGAGUGUAUUGGUGUGAUGCGCUAUUAGAUCAUGUGCAACACGCCAAAUUGGACGGUACUGAUGUGAAGACUGUAAAUUCUAAACUGAUCAGACAUCCAUUUUCAAUUGUGAUUUAUGGAGACUUCAUGUAUAUCACUGAUUGGAGAUUGGAUGCAAUUGUAAGGCUGCACAAGUUGACUGGUGAACAAGAAGACAUAAUGCUAAGAGAGCCUAACACGAAUAGGUUGUACGGCGUCAAAGUUUACAGCGAGGAAGUACAGAAGAUUGAUCCAAUGCAACCUUGUGCAAGAAGUAAUGGGAAUUGUCAGAAAUUAUGUUUCGCUAUACCUAGGAACAAUACAGGGAUAUUGACAGUCAAAUGUGGAUGCCCUUAUGGGGAGAAGUUGGCAGCAGACGGUACCAGUUGUGAGGCUGAUCCAAAUUCGGAGCCACCAGUAAGAGCUUGCCCUAAUACUUGGGACUUCACUUGUAAUAAUCAAAGGUGCAUUCCAAAGAGCUGGGUUUGCGAUGGAGACGAUGAUUGUCUGGACAACAGUGAUGAGGAGUUCGCUAAUUGUACAAAAGCUACAUGCAGCUCCUCAGAAUUCAUGUGCAAAUCGGGCCGCUGUAUCCCCGCGACCUUCCGUUGCGACGCCGAGAACGACUGCGGCGACUACUCCGACGAGACCGGCUGCGUGAACGUCACGUGCUCGUCGUCGCAGUUCAAGUGCGACAACGGCCGGUGCGUCCCCAACACGUGGAAAUGCGACUCGGAGAAUGACUGCGGAGACGGGUCGGACGAAGGCACACAUUGUGCGGAGAAGACCUGUGCUUACUUCCAGUUCACGUGCCCCCGCACCGGCCACUGCAUCCCAUCAUCGUGGGUGUGUGAUGGUGAUGACGACUGCUUCGACAAACAGGACGAGGCUGACUGUCCGCCCGUGUCGUGCUUGGCCAACCAGUUCAAAUGUGCUGAUCUUAAGCAGUGUGUGCAGGAAGCAUACAAAUGCGACGGCAUCCCAGAUUGCAACGACGGUAGCGACGAGGCGGGCUGCCCGGCCGUGGCGCCGCACCAGUGCCACGACAAGCAGUUCCAAUGUAGAUCCUCCAGUAUCUGCAUACCUUCCACCUGGUACUGUGAUGGUACUCCCGACUGCGAGGACCUGUCAGACGAGCCGGCCACGUGCGGUUCCGUCACCUGUCCCAACACUCACGUCCGCUGCGACAACGGGCGGUGCGUGUUCAAAUCGUACGUGUGCGAUGGAAACGACGACUGCGGAGACGGUUCUGAUGAAGGCGUCAAGCACGCUUGUAAACCCCCGCCGUUCAGAUGUGCAUCAGACCAAUGGCAGUGUCCCGGCGUCACUGACAGAUGUGUCAAUAUGACACAAGUGUGCGACAAUAAACCCGACUGCCCCAAUGGAUCUGAUGAAGGUGCGAGCUGUGACUUCGCUGAAUGCGAGCAUCAAGACGGCCUCUGCUCCAACGGAUGCAAGCAGACUCCCAAUGGACCCCUCUGUUUGUGUCCCUCUGGGGAAGAACUGGACACCAACGGACUUAACUGCAAAGAUAUUGACGAAUGUACUCCGCCAGGGGUAUGCUCCCAAACCUGCACAAACACAAAAGGAUCCUACGCCUGCAGCUGCAUCGAUGGCUACCGAUUGGCCUCAGACAACCACACCUGCAAAGCCAAUAACCACUCCAGUGCUUUCCUCAUCAUCUCCAACAGACAUUCCAUUCUCGUUGCUGACCUAAACGAGCAAGGACUAGAAAGAGUUCCUAUUAAUGUCGAAAAUGUUGUAGCAACAGCUUCAGAUAUGCAUACAGGAACAAUAUUCUGGUCAGACAUGAAGUUGAAAAUGAUUGCCAGAUUAGAUCGAGGCAGUGAGCCCAAAGAGAUAAUAACUACAGGGUUGGAUCUAGUUGAAGGAUUAGCUUAUGAUUGGGUCGGUGGUAAUAUAUACUGGUUGGACAGUAAGCUUAAUACUAUAGAAGUAGCUAAAGAAGAUGGUAGUGCGCGCGCUACUUUACUAAGCGGAAAUAUAACUCAACCUAGAGGAAUGUGCUUAGAUCCCGCAAAAGAAGCCAGUUGGUUGUUCUGGACUGAUUGGGGUGAGAAUCCGAGAAUAGAGAGAGUCGGUAUGGAUGGAACUCAACGAGCAGCCAUAAUUACUACAAAAAUUUACUGGCCCAAUGGAUUAACUCUAGAUACAGCAACUAAGAGAGUUUACUUCGCUGAUUCGAAGUUAGAUUUCAUCGAUUUCUGCAACUACGACGGCACGGGUCGACAGCAAGUGUUAGCAGGCAGCCAUUAUUUGUUGCAUCCACAUUCUUUGACUCUUUUCGAAGAUACGCUGUAUUGGACGGAUAGACAGUUGAAUAGAGUGUUGUCAGCGCACAAGUUUAGAGGAACUAACCAAACUGUUGUGUCGCAUUUGAUCUCUCAACCUCUUUCAAUACAUGUUCAUCAUCCGUCUCUUCAACCACAAUAUCAGUCUCCGUGUAAGAAAGAUGCGUGUCAACAUUUAUGUCUUUUGAGUCCAAAUGUAACCGUUGGAUAUACAUGUUUGUGCAAGACUGGAUUCAAGUUGCUGCCCGAUGGAAAGUGCAUUGAAGAGGAGAAUUCAUACCUGAUGGUGUUGAAGGGCUCCCAGAUUAUCGACCUGGCGCCUGAUGGCUCCGGUCGGGCGGGACAGCUGUCUUCUAUUGUUGGGAUUCAAGGCGGCGUGCAGUUGGAGUUCGACCGCGCGGCGCGCGCGCUCUACUGGCUGCAGGCGGCGGGCGACGCCGACGGCGAGUUCAACGGCACCGUCUACACCAUGCCCUACGGCGGUGGUAAUAAGGUGGAAUUCCUCGGUCACGACACGGGCAUCGUGGGCUCUCCGUCCGCCAUAGCCUUCGACUGGAUCGGCAGGAACCUGUACAUGGCCAACAGGGAGGCCAGUAACAUAGAGCUCGUCAGGGUCGACAGUAAGGUGAAGUACCGGUCUGUGGUCCUGGCUAACAAUGGCAAGAAGGAUUCUGUCGCCAAGCCCAAAGGAAUCGCACUGGAUCCUACGGAAGGAAAAAUAUACUGGUCAGACGAAGGUGGCUACGGUGUUCCCGCCAAAAUCGGGAAAGCUAACAUGGACGGCUCUAAUCCUGUCAUCCUGGUCGAUGGCAUUGAAAGACCUGAAGCUAUUACUAUAGACAUAGAGUUGAAAAUCGUUUACUUCAGCACUCAAUAUCCGGCUAGCAUCAACAGCGUUAACACAGACGGGAAUGAUAGAAAGACUAUCCUUACAGAAGCUAACGAUAUGUCAUAUCCUAAAGUCAUUGCAGUACUAGACUCAAGAUUGUUUGUUUUAGAUCCACGCCAUGAAAAGAUUUUCAAAGCAGACCUGCCUAAUGGUGAUAACAUCAAAACUAUAAUGGACAAUGAGAGCGAUUUGAAAUCGUUGACAAUAUACCAAAAGAGGAAGAUGAUACAUCACCCGUGCGCAACAGCAAAUGGGGGAUGCGAACAGAUUUGUAUACCAAGUGAUGGCCGGUCAAGAGUUUGCGCAUGCUCAGUUGGUUACAGAAAAGAAAAUGAAGUUAAUUGCGUUCCUUACAAAACAUUCGCUGUGGUGUCUCAAUUGGAUCUUAUUAGAGGAUACAGUUUAGAUUCUACAGCUGAAGCUAUGGUCCCUGUGACAGGACAAGGUCACCACAUCUUACACGUUGAUGUACAUUUCGCUGAAAACUACAUAUACUGGGUUGAAUUCAAUCGAGGACAAUGGAACGGAAUUUUCAGAAUCAGACCAAACGGUACCGAAUUGGAACAUGUUAUUCGUGAUGGUAUUGGAAGCAAUGGUAUUAGAGGGCUUGCUAUUGACUGGGUGGCUGGAAAUCUUUACUUCACCAAUGUAUUCCCUCAUGAAAAUUACGUAGAAAUGUGCUGGUUAGACGGUUCGCAUAGGAAAGUGUUGGUUAAAACAACAAUGGACGCUCCAAGAGAACUAGCUGUGAAUCCGUUGAAACGACUACUAUACUGGAUAGAUUAUGGUCAAUACCCAAGGAUCGGGAAAGCAUACCUUGAUGGUUCUAAUUGGCAGACAGUGGUCAGCUCAGGUAUAUCUAAUCCUAGAGAUUUGACUAUCGACAUGUUGACCCACGACGUUUAUUGGGUUGAUUCCAAAUUAGACCAAAUACAAAAGAUCUCCUACAAUGGCGGUAAUCGACAACUGAUUCGGUCUAACCUCCCAAAUCCAAUGGGAAUUGCUAUUCACACAGGCAAUGUCUAUUGGGUCGACAGAAAUCUACAGACUAUUUACAAAGCCUCAAAAUUACCAGGUAACACAUCUAUGCCAGAGAAGUUAAGAACUAAUUUACCGAAACUAAGGGAUAUUGUUAUAUUUGAUGGAAACAAUCAACCUACAGACGAGAAUAAUCCUUGCAGAAAGUUCGGUAAUGGAGGCUGUGAACAGCUUUGCUUCAGUUAUCCCCCUGAAUCAAAUAAAGGCGUUACUUACAAAUGCGAUUGUUCGACGGGCCAAAUAGAUCCUAGUAACAACAAAAAAUGUACAACAGUCGACGAAUACCUAGUCUUCACAACUCGAACAGAAAUUCGUAGUAUAAACUUAGAUCCUAAAUCAACUGGAGUGCCAUUCAAACCUAUAGGAAACCUGACUAAUGUUGUCGGUGUUGAGUUCGAUUAUGCAGAUAACAAAUUAUUCUUCACUCAAAUCAGACCGUGGGCAAGAAUCGGUUGGAUGAACGCAAAUAACCCCGAUCCAACCGCAAUACAAAACAUAAUAAACAAAGGAAUCAAUCCGGAAGGUAUAUCUUAUGAUUGGACGCAAAAGAAGAUAUACUGGACUGAUAGUUCAAAUAAUUCCAUUUUCGCCAUGAAUUUAGAUGGAAGUGAAUUAGUAAUGAUCGCCAGAGUAGAACGCCCAAGAGCUAUCGUUGUAGAUCCUUGUAACGGAACCUUAUACUAUACAGAUUGGGGCAGAUUCGGUACUUCUGGAAAGAUUUACAGAACCACUAUGGCCGGAUCACUAAAGAAAGCAAUCAUAGAUAAAGAUCUAUCACAACCGAGUGGUUUGACAAUAGAUUUCGAUGAAAACAUGCUUUAUUGGAGCGACGCCGUACGUGAAAAGAUUGAACGAUCAAAACUUGACGGAUCAAACAGAGAAGUCCUGAUUUCUGCUACAAUUUAUCCAUUCGCUAUUACUGUAUUUAGAAAUUACAUUUACUGGACGGAUUUGCAACUCCGCGGUGUUUACCGUGCUGAAAAACACACGGGAGCUAAUAUGAUUGAAAUGGUUAAACGUUUAGAAGACUCCCCAAGAGAUAUACACGUCUACAGUAAGAAACGACAGUUGUGCCAAGCUAAUGCUUGCAGUAUCAGCAAUGGUGGAUGCGCGCAAAGUUGCCAUCCGGCUCCAAAUAAUACAGCUGAAUGCCGUUGUGAUGAUAAUACUAAAUUGGUUAACGAAGGAAGAAUGUGCGUCGCCAAAAAUAUUUCAUGUGAUCCAUCUAAAUUCUUCUGCGCGAAUGGAAAAUGUAUCAGCCGAAUGUGGUCAUGUGAUGGUGAUGACGACUGCGGCGAUAACUCUGAUGAAGACCGCAACUACUGCGCGUACCAUUCUUGCUCUCCGAACGAAUUCCGAUGCAACAACGGACGUUGCAUCUUCAAAUCUUGGAAGUGUGAUCAUGAGAACGAUUGUAAAGACGGAUCUGACGAGGAGGGCUGCGUUUACCCACCUUGCGCUGAAGGAGAAUUCACAUGCCUCAAUUCUCGAUGCAUUCCAAUGUCUCAAGUCUGCAACGGAAUCAAUGAUUGUAAGGACAAUGUAACAUCAGACGAAACUCAUGAAAGAUGCCCGCGUAACACUACAUGCCCGACGAACCACUUGAAAUGUGAAAAGACUAAUAUCUGCGUAGAACCGUACUGGCUUUGCGAUGGCGAUAAUGAUUGCGGCGAUAACUCUGACGAGGAUCCGCUACAUUGCGCGCAACGCACGUGCCCACAAAACAGCUUCCGCUGUCCCAACCACCGUUGUAUCCCUGCCACUUGGUACUGUGACGGAGAUGACGAUUGCGGAGAUGGAGCCGAUGAGCCACCGGAAUAUUGCCGAUCAGAAGGACGCACUUGCUUCGGCGAUCUGUUCACUUGUGACAAUGGCAAUUGCAUACCCAGAAUCUACAUUUGCGAUGGAGAUAACGACUGCUUGGACAGUAGCGACGAAGACGACCGGCAUCAAUGCAACGAAAGGAAAUGUGACGCUGAAACUGAGUACACAUGCGAGGAGAAUAAAUUCUGGGGACGCGCUCAAUGUAUUCCAAGAAAAUGGUUGUGCGACGGUGAUCCCGAUUGUAUUGAUGGAGCUGACGAAAAUUCAACAAUACAUCAUUGCGCCGCGCCCACUCCUUGCGCCGAAGAUCAGUUCCAAUGUAACAAUGGACGAUGCAUCAAUGAAGGCUGGGUAUGCGACCACGAUAACGAUUGCGGAGACGGCUCUGAUGAAGGAAAACGGUGCAACAAAGAAUACAAACAGUGCUCCGAACAAGAGUUUACCUGUCAAAACUUCAAGUGCAUCAGAAAUCACUUCCGCUGCGACGGAGAAGACGAUUGUGGUGAUCAUUCAGAUGAAGUUGGUUGUGUCAAAAACAAUAAAACUUGUCCCGCAGGACAGUUUAAGUGUAAUAAUGACCAGUGUAUUGAUAACCGUCUCGUUUGUAAUAAGGUUGCUGAUUGUACUGACGAGUCAGACGAACCGGCUCACUGUCACGUCGACGAAUGCGCUAAACUUGAAAUCAAUCAAUGUGGACAUAAAUGCGUUGAUACGCUUACAGGAUAUUACUGUGAUUGUAACCAAGGAUACAAAUUGUUACCUGACGGAAAAGCAUGUGCAGAUAUUGACGAAUGUGUUGAAACGCCAGGAGUUUGCUCACAAUAUUGCUCAAAUACACCAGGAUCUUACUAUUGUAAAUGCAAUGAACCGUUUUACGAAAGAGAAGCAGACGAACACACAUGCAAACGUAAAGACAACACAAGUGCUUGGGUCAUCUUUACCAAUAAAUAUUAUGUCAGAAACAUGUCUACUGACGCAUCAAUGUACAAUUUAGUUCAUCAAGACCUUAUGAAUGUAGUUGCCAUCGAUUUCGAUUUCCAAGAGCAUAAGAUGUACUUUGCCGAUGUAUCUGCUAAGACCAUCUACAGAUCUGAUUACACGGAUCCGAAUCCUACUAAAGAAGUCGUUAUACGACAUGAUUCUCACGCUCUGGAAGGUAUAGCCAUCGACUGGAUUGGAAGGAAACUUUACUGGCUUGACAGACAUUCAAAGAACUUGGACGUUUCAGAGUUAGACGGUACGAGACGUAAAACAUUGAAAACUGGAGUCGCUGAUCCUAGAGCUAUAGUAGUCCACCCCGGCACUGGAUAUUUGUACUUCACGUCAUGGCAUUUGCAAGCUUACAUCGGCAAAAUGGGAAUGGACGGUUCCAAUUUCUCUGUUAUCUUGAAUUGGGAACAAGACAUUGCAUGGCCGAAUGCUUUGACAAUAGAUUACUUCACCGAUCGAAUUUAUUGGGCCGAUGCUCAUUUAGAUUAUAUUGGAUCAGCUGAUUUAGAAGGCAGGCACAGACAUGUCGUUUUGUCCGGGAGUAAAGUUCCUCACGUGUUCGCUCUUAGUCUAUUUGACGAUGAAAUCUAUUGGACCGAUUGGAAUUUGAAGGCUAUAAGCAAAGCCAACAAACAUUCUGGUGAGAAUUUGACAGUUUUGCGAAAUACUACACACAGGCCUUACGAUAUUCAUGUUGUUCAUCCAUUGAGGCAGCUGCCGUAUCCGAAUCCAUGUGGCGAUAACAAUGGAGGCUGUUCUCAUCUGUGCCUCAUAGCGCCUCCUCAUGAAUCAAGUUACUUGAACAUCGAAGGUUACGGCGAAGAAGGUGCCACAUCAUACAAAUGCGCUUGCCCCAACCAAUUCUACUUAGCGCGGGACCAGAAGACUUGUAUCGCUAACUGUACUGACGGGCAACACAGAUGCAAUGGUCGUGAUGAGAAGUGUAUACCUUGGUUCUGGAAAUGUGACGGCGAGAAGGAUUGUAUGGACGGCUCUGACGAACCGGAUACCUGCCCGGUUAGACAUUGUCGUGCCGGAUCGUUCCAGUGCAAGAACACAAAUUGUACACCAGCUGCCACUAUUUGUGAUGGCACUGAUGAUUGCGGCGAUGGAAGUGAUGAAGCUCAAUGUUCUCACGAAUGUCCACUCCUCGAAUUCAAGUGCAAAUCAUCUGGGCGUUGCAUUUUGGAUAGUUGGAAGUGUGACGGAGAUACAGACUGUAAGGACAACAGUGACGAAGACCCGGCCAUGUGCCACAACAGACCUUGUAACCCUGACACUGAAUUCUCAUGCAAGAACGGACGUUGUAUUCCGAAAUUGUGGAUGUGCGAUUUCGAUAACGAUUGCGGCGAUGAUUCCGACGAACCAGCGUAUAUGUGCCGGCAGAGAAACUGUACUACUGGUUGGAGAAGAUGUCCUGGACAAUCCAACUACAGAUGUAUACCGAAAUGGUUGUUCUGCGAUGGCAAAGACGAUUGCAGAGAUGGCUCAGACGAAUUGCCCGACAAUUGUCCAGCUUGUAAUAGCGAAACGGACUUCACUUGUGAGAACAAGCGUUGCAUUCCGAAACAAUGGUUAUGUGAUUUCACUGAUGACUGCGGUGACGGCAGCGACGAGGCCGAGGCAGCUUGCCAGCACAAAUACAGAGAGUGUUCAGAAUCAGAGUUCAAAUGCGGCAAUGGAAAGUGUAUUUCGUCUAGAUGGCGUUGCGACCACGAAGACGAUUGCGGUGAUAAUUCUGAUGAGAUGGAAUGCGGUGGUUUCAAGUGCAAGAAUGGAACGUUCCAGUGUAAAUCUGGUCAUUGCAUCGCGGCCUACUUCCGCUGCGACGGAGACAGAGACUGUCGCGACCUGUCGGACGAAAUCGGCUGCCCGCCGAGGUUCCCCGGUGGAAAAUACUGCCCUGAAAGCAGAUUCCAAUGCGGCAACAACUUGUGCGUGUCUCAAUCGGACUUAUGCGACGGAACAGACGACUGCGGAGACGGCUCAGACGAGGCCGCGUCUAUCUGCACCAACUUUAAUUGCGAUACUCUGAGGAGGUUCCAUUGUGAUAACCAUCGAUGUGUGCCGAGAUACCAAGUCUGCGACGGCAUAGACAACUGCGGCGACGGUUCAGACGAGAACAACAUGACUUUGUGCGCGGCCCGGGCGCGACCCUGCGACCCCUACACUCAAUUCCAAUGCGCCAACAAGCAGUGUGUCGAUAGAACACAGCUGUGCGACUUCGCCGACGAUUGUGGAGACGCCAGCGAUGAACUGGGAUGUCAUCAUACGCACACUUGCGAUCACAUGGAUAAAGGCGGCUGCGAACACUUCUGCACAAACCUCACAUCCUCCGGAGGCGGCUACAUCUGCACCUGCUUCCAGGGCUGGAUCAUCUCGCCCCAGGACAAGAAGAAGUGUGUCGACGUGGACGAGUGUACCCAGGGCACCCAUCAUUGCUCCCAACUCUGUACCAACAUCAAUGGCAGCUUCUCUUGCAGCUGUAGAGACGGGUUCAGAUUGGCCGACAGUCUAUCAGGCGUGUGCAAAGCCAUCGAGGAUGAAGUAAUUCUUAUGUUCGCCAACGGCCCAGAAAUCAGAGCAUUCGUCCAAGAUAAGAACGAAGAAUUCGAAGUAAUCUCUUCCGAGAAGAGAAUCGAAGCGUUAGACUACGACCCGAUCCAAGAAAUGGUCUUCUGGGCAGACAGUUACGACAAAACCAUCAAACGAUCAUACAUGAUCAACGCCUUGGAUGGUCAAGUAAAAAGCGGCUUCGCCCAAGACCUGAACAUGAAAGGAAACGCCAAACCCACCGCUUUGGCAGUAGAUUACGUUGGUGAUAAUUUAUACUGGACUGAAGCCGAAAGAACAGGCUCUAAACCUCGCGGAAGAGUCAUGGUUGCCAGAACUGAUGGAAGAUACAGACGCGCUUUAGUCUCAGCUGGUAUUGAAAGCCCUACAUCUUUGGCAUUAGAUCCUCAGAUGGGCAAAAUGUUCUGGUCAGACGCUGGCUCCGCUCCGAAGAUCGAAAUCUCUUGGAUGGACGGUAGUAAGAGAAGACCAAUUGUGACUGAAAAUAUUCGUCAUCCGACUGGAUUGGUUAUCGAUCAAGCAAUGGAUCAUGCUAUUUAUUGGGCUGAUACUAAAUUAAAUACGAUUGAAACGAUGAGGCAGGAUGGAUCUAACAGGAAGAUUAUACUUCGUGGAGAUAAUCUGAAGCAUCCGAUUUCGCUGGAUGUGUUUGAAUCGUCUUUGUACUGGGUAACAAGGGAUACGGGAGAGCUGGUCAGACAGGACAAGUUCGGAAGGGGGGUGCCUUUUGUUAUUUCGAAGGAUCUAGUCAACCCAUCGGCUGUGAAAGUGUACCACCCGCGGCGCUACAACGCGAGCGCGGCGGCGCGGGCGGCGUGCGCGCGCGCGGCGUGCUCGCACGCGUGCCUGCGCGUGCCGGCCGGCCGGCGCUGCGCGUGCCCCGACGCGCCGCCCGCGCCCAAGCGCGCCGCCGACCGCGUCUGCGACGCCGCCGUGGAAGCCCCCCGCGCCUUACCCCGCAUCUGCCCGUGCGAGAACGGCGGCCGCUGCAUAGAGGAUGAGACCGGUGCGCUCACUUGCUCGUGCCGAGCGCCGCUGCAGCCGCCACUGUGUGCGGGCGCCGCCGCUGCUACUGGCGCGAGAGCCGGCGCUCCUACUGCUGUAUUAGUGCCAGUGUUAUUGGUGUUAAUAUUGGCGUUAGUUGGAGCGGCUGGGUGGUUCUUCGUGAGGAAACGGCCAUUCGGCAAAGGCGGCGGUCUCGGCAGCUUAGCAUCAUCGCAAAGCGUGUCGUUCCGCCAGGGCUCCAACGUGGAGUUCGGCGGAGUCGCGGAGCCGGCGUACACGCUAGAAGACACUAGAAGAAAGGGCAGGGACUUCAGCAAUCCUAUGUAUGACGCUGUCACCAGGGCGAGGUCUGCUGGGGAACCUGAACCGCCUUUACCGGGCAUUUACGAAGUGCCAGAAGAGAUAAAAGAGAAAGUAGCGUCCGCAGUUAUAUCCCCGUCUUCCACCGAGACCCGGGGCGCGGCCCCGGCGCGGCCGCCCCGGGCCCUGGACCCGGUGACCGACACCGGGGCAGACACGGCCCAGCUGGUGAAGGAGGACCGGGAUUGCUAGUCGAAGCCCCGGCGGGCGGUGGGGCCGUCCGCCGUGUUACUUCGAGUAAGGGAUUACCUCCCAUUACCGGAGAUUCGUGUCGCUGAGUAGGGUUAAGGGUAUGGAUGAAGAUAUUUAGAUUAAUAUUGUAAAAAAUAAAAUCAUAGAGUAGGUAUUACUAAAUUUAACAGAGCCAAUUGGUAGACCGUCGAUCGGUCGACGUUAUCUUGCGUAGUAUUUGUAAUAUAAACAUUUUAUUGGUAACAUCGAUUGAUGCAGAAAUAUCCUAAGUUUUAUAAUAUUGAAGACACAUGACAGUAUGAUUUUAAAGUGGCCACUGUAGAUACAAACUAAAAGGUCUAAUCAAGACAAAAAAGAUUUAAUAUUUAUUAUAAUAGCUAUUUUAAAUUAAAAUCUCGUCUUAUCAAAACAGCGAGCCAAUGUUUUAUUAAAAUAAAAAAUCCUUUUGCAUACCCUUUAGAAUGCAAAAUAAGUAAAUGAGUUGGAAUAAUUCCCAGAAUCGUCUUAGUGUUUUAUAUUUCAAAGAUUUUAGUAGAUUUUAAUAAUAUAGUUUAUAAAUUUACUUAUAUUGCAUUACCCCUACUUCAGCUUAGUGCGACUUUAAAAAUAAAAUUACAUCACACACAGUUCGCAAAAUGUCAUUAAAUUUAUAAUGCGAUUAAAAAUGUGUUUUUAUCUGUAGAUUUCCCGUUUGGCUUAUUACGAUAAAAAAUAAACUGACAUUCCAAUAACAUAGUAGUUAGUUACAUAAUAGUAGUUAGUGAAAUAAACUUAUUAGCAACUUCUACGGGCCAAUGGGGCAUUUGACAUCAUGGAAAUCCCCAACCUUAGAAUAUAAUCUCUCAAAUAUAUUUUCAAAUGGGCUGUUAUUCUAUAAAGAAUACCAUCCUUUAUUGGUGUAUAUUUUUAAGACUUAACGAUAUCUUUUUAAAAAUGUAUCUUAUAACUAUUUUCUUUGUUGUAACUUGAACUUUGCGGAGUACUCCUGAAGCUCAUUGUUUAGCAUCUUCUUUCGUAUAACGCCAGAUUCGCGAAAUGAUUGAUAAGCAAAAUGCGUACUUGAUUUGUAUAUUUUUAUUCCACACAAUAGUUUCUGUCUGUACGUUCAGGGUUUUUUUUGUAAAAAGAAACUUUGUUUAAAACUGCCAUUUUUAGUAUUUGUCAUUUUGCGAAUCUGUUACUUUGCGUGCGAAUUGUUGUAGCAUUAACUUAGAGUAGUAACCGCGACGUAGGGACGUCAUCGUAGAGUUUUAAAAUUCAUUUGACAAUAAGCAAUAAACAUAUUAUUAGCUAUAAUUUAUUUAUUUCGGUUUAAGACUAUGUAAAAUAUAGCUACGUUGUGUUUUAUAAUUGUCUAUCAAAUGGAAAUUUGUGGAAUUCACUGACGAUUUGCCAUAAACCUGUGAGAUGACUGUUGUUAUUUUAUUUUUUAAUAUAUUUAAACAAUCUCAUUGGGUUUUGUUACGCGUUCUACGAUUGUAAAUAUCUACAUUCAGACUUGUGAUGUAUAUUAAAAGUCUUAAUUAAAAAUAUAUCGUUGUUAAUCGAAUUACUAUAAAUAAUAUGUAUAGGCCAUUCCUUGUGAAUACACAUCACAUAUUAAAUACAAAUCAUAUUUGAAUGAGAAUUGAUAGUGUAUAAAGAUAUGAAAUUGUCAAUAUAUGAUAAAUAAAAAGAUGAAAUAUUUUUGUAUUGGGAUUAUUAUAUAAAUGAAUAUAUAUAUAAUAGUUAUUAGACAACUGUCUGAAUUUAGUUGAAACUUUGUGUAAAAUAAAGUGAA